AUGUCCCAAUCCUCCGACCUCCACCGCGCACUCCUUCGACCAUGUAUAGCACAAAGUCUCCGUGCCGCCGGCUUCCAUAGCACGCGACCAGCGGUUCUCGAGACUCUCACAAAUCUAACGGAACGCUAUCUCCUACUAUUGACGUCGACAACAGCACGAUACGCUUCACUCAGCCAUAACGAUUCCGUGCCGACGGUGACAGAUGUCCGCAUGGCAAUGGCGGAAUGUGGCGUCCUCCUCCCAGCCGAGGGAGCAGCGGAGGAAGAAUGGAGGGAGAUUAUGAGGGUGCCUGUAGAAGUCAUGGGUACUUCCGUCAAAGAAGGCGGCGAAGCACGAAUGCGAGGGGAGAAGCGGAAACGCGAGGAGCAGGAUUUGCGGGACGUGGUGGCCUUCACGAAAUGGUUUGAUGGGUCACAGCAUGCGGAGAUGAGGCGGGUGGCUGGUUUGGUGCCGGAUUCUUCCACGUUGGUUGGCGGUGUGGGUGCUAGCGCGGGGCCGGUUGUGGGUGUGGGAGGUGGUGUUGUGCAAGCGGAGGACUUUUUGAGGGGGUUGAAGAAGAAGGGUGGGAAGGCGGGGGAUGAUGUGAGGUGGAUUGGGACUGUGCUUGGGGAGGAGGGGGAGGGAAGGGAGGUGCUGGUUGAGGGUGGGCUGGUCCAGAGGGUUAGGGAUUGGAGGCCCAAGGAUGACGAUGUUACUGGGCUGGUCAAGGAUGCUCCUCAGGAUGACACUUUAGCCGCGCCUGAAGUCGUGGCUGGCGAUUGA